UCAAGCAGUGACAUCAUUCGCGAGCGCCUCUGCUGGCCUUUGAUAUGGGCUUCACUCGUUAGCCUUGAUUUUUUUUUUUCUUCCAAUCAUCCCCCUCGCAUAUCCACUUUUAUUUUUAUUACAAAGAAACGCCCGUCCGCGAUGACAUUAGAAGGUGAACUGGCAGACAGGGUCAGCCAGGUGAUUUCAGAACUGGUUGCGGUGCGGCCUGGCUCGCUUGCAGGUUUCAGUUCCUGUGCCGUGCAGUAAAGCAACUUGGUUGGUCAAAGGAUUGCAAUGAAACCAGCUCAGGAGCGCAACCAGGAGAGCCUGCCUCCUAAGAAGAGGGACCUCCCUCUCAGCAACAGCGGCGUCGGUGUCGGAGGGGCGGCUGGGGGCGGAGCUACGGGAGGCGGUGGCAGCACUGCUGGAGGAGGUAACGGAGAAGCCGAAGUUGUUUCCAUCCACAACUCUGCAGCUGGCAGUGAGACUCAGGGAGGGAACCCAUCAGGAGAGUGGCCGCGAACUCAUCCGGAGCAUCACUAUGGGGUGGAUAAUUCAGAGAGCAUCUCAGCGGGGCCUGUCGAUCAGUACAGUAUGAUCUACAAAGUGGCUGUUCCUUCUGUUACCUACUCGCAAACUAGCCUCCACCCAGUGUUAAGCCACAUCUCGCCCACGUACACUGUACACUCUCCUCUCCUGCAGCAUCCAGGCCUUCCCUAUCCUCCCCUGGGUUACGCUCACAUCCCUCAUCCAUCUCUCCAGUUUGUCAGCUCCCCAUACGCCGCUGUUCCUUACGCCGUCCCGUCCGGCUUCGUCCCUGGAUCGCUGAUUUCUCCGUCAGGUGCCAUUCCUCAGCCUCACGCCGUGUCCCACCUGGUUCCCUAUCCAUCCGUCAUACAGGACGGAGUGGUUUCCCCGCCUCCCCAGGCCCAGGCUCAUACGUUUACCAAAGUUGCAGCGCCAGGCGGCGUUCCGCUGAUGAUGCCUUCAGAGCAAGCCGCCCAGCAGCACAUCGGUACUAUCGGAGUCAUACCUGCCCCAGAGAUCAGCUCCAGAGGGAUGCCGGUCUUCUACCAGCCCCAGGGCAGCCGGGGCGGUGACCUGCACAACGAAGCGGAGCUUAACGGCGGCGAUAAAGAGCAGGGAGUCAGGGAGGUCCUGCAUGACUCUGCCUACACUUCCAGAAAUGCACAUCUGCAGCAGGUAGCGUCCAGCUCUGCAGCGCAGGACCACAGCCAAGAAAGGGCCCUGCAGAACCGACGCCUGGAAGGCCGAAGCUCUCCUGGUCAGCGCAGCACUCCGGACAGCGAUCUGGAGGUGCAGCAGGUCGUUGGCCGCCUGGCUACCUCGAGUCAAGGUGUCGGCGGGGUGCGGAAGGAGGUCUCGUUUGCCCCCUUGAAUCUCUCUCAGGGGGUCCAAAGAACCAGAGACGUCCACGGGGAGAGCCCGGCUGUCUCCAGCAGGGCUGUGCAUUCGGCGCAGCCGCUGAGUUACGUUGAACACAAAGUCGGCGGUCUCCAGCAGCAGCCGGGUCACGCCGUCAUGCUGACCAACGGGCAGCCGGUGCUCGUUCCUCUCGACUAUCACCUGCAGCAUCAGUCCCAGCCGCAGCAACACUACCCAGGACAGGCGAGCGACGCCGCAAAGGCCUCCAUUAACCCAAGCUUUAAAACCUCUGAGUCUCCAGGCAGAGCCGGCCUCCCUGAGAAGGUGGAGCCGACCACAGCUAAGCAGCAGCAGCAUCAUCAUCAUCAGCAGCAGCAGCAGCCGCAGCCUUCUCUACAGCCAUCAGUCCACUCUGCAGCAGAGCUAACUCAGGCUUCGGGUGUCCCGGCGGCGGUGGCGGCGGCGCCUGGCAGUAACCCGUCACAUUUCAUGAAGGGGGCGAUUAUCCAGCUGGCCACCGGGGAGCUGAAGCGUGUGGAGGAUCUGCAAACUCAGGAUUUUGUGCGAAGCGCAGAGGUCAGCGGAGGGCUCAAGAUCGACUCCAGCAUGGUGAUGGACAUCCGGUCCAGCCAGCAGAGACCGGGUCUGGUGUCUCUGCAUUUCACGGUGGGGGAGCAGCAGAGCAAGGUGACCAUCGACGUCCCGCCAGAGCACCCGUUCUUCGUGUUCGGCCAGGGCUGGUCGUCGUGCAGCCCCGAGCGCACGGCCCAGCUGUACGGCCUGACCUGCCACCUCCUGCAGGUGGGGGACAUGUGCGUGUCCAUCACGCUGCAGCAGCAGCAGCUUCAGCCGCAGCUGCAGAAGCAACCGCAGCAUCACAACUCACAGCAGCAGCAGAACGUGUCGAGAACUUUAGGCAAAAGCAGCGCGGCGUCGGGACCUGGUCACCAGCUCAUGGGGCCUCCCGCACCCCAACAGCUGCGGCCGCAGGCUCACUUCAGGAUGGAUCGCGUCCACAGAGAGCGGCAGCAGCGGGACGGCGAGGGCGGCGUGCUGGAAAAGGAUGAAGCACAUUUAGCGGUUGUUGGACACACUGAAUCCCCCGUCCGGCGAAGUCGGACCUCCACGGAGCAUCCCAGGAGUCAGAGCAGCUACCACUUGCACACAGAGGGCUCUGCUUUCGCCGGGACCGGCAUGACCGCCAUGCAGGCCGCGCUCGGCGCCUCUCAGAGGCGCUGGUCGUCGCCCGGCCUCCAAAGAUACAGCAUGAAGGGAGACGAAGGGCAACGCCCUCAGAUAAUCGCCUCUGGCCACACGAGGCCUUCUUUCAUCCCGCAGGAGGUGAAACUGUCCAUCGAGGGGCGCUCUAACGCAGGGAAGUAGCAUCACAUUUGGUAGCAACCGUAGGAGAGACUGCCAGGAGCGAGAACGAGUCUGACAAGGAGAGAAAGAGGAAAAAAACAGUGUGAAUGUAGCCUCAGAAUGUUUGAGAUUUUGCACACCUAAAAGUAUACAAAGACACAUGAUUUUGUUGAUCUUCUUGAGAAGUUUUGCUUCGAUGUUACUCAGCCACGAAAAACAGAAACCUUCGGUUUCCCAGCCUGCUGAGGUCUGACAGGAAAAUGGAAAGCUAAGUAGAACGUAUGUAGCUUAUAAACGCCUGCCAUAGUCCUUACACACUGCUUUUCUCUUCCUCGCUCCCUCCUUCGUCUCCACCUCCUUGUACCCACGCCUGGACGUUUUCACAAAUAAACACUUUGGCUUUACCUUCCUACUAAAACUCUCAAUGGGAAACACAACAGUGUGUGCAGCCUCAAAGCACAGCUACCAACUCUGAUGUUAAAAAUCACAGCCAGCGAUCUUUAGAUGUCAACACUCCUAAAAAAUUUUUUUAUCUCUUUAUAUCUAUAUUUAUAAAGCAUUUACCCCCCCAAAAAAGUGGAGCCACUGACAUCAGCAGGGCCUGUGAUGUCGUCGAUUAAAACCUUCUCUGCUGUCAGCUGGAAAUCUCUCUCUCUCGAAGUCAUUAAUUUUCAGCAAGUCAGUCUCCAAAGAUAGAUGCAAGAUUCUGUUUCAGGCCAAAAACGGCGGCUCUCGCACGUCUUACAAUCGAGCAGUUCACCAAUCAAUUUCCUGUUCCUUGAUUUAGCGCCCUUGUGGCAGGAACUGAAACGAUGCCUUUCUCCUCUCUGAAACAACAAAGUUUUGCAUUCCAGUGCGAUUGUGUCAUUUAGAGUGUGUUUCUUUUUCCCCGCUUCCCUCUGAACCUCACAGCUUUUCUCGACCAGGUUGGUGAACUUCGGUGCAUUUUAAUUUAAUUACUGCAGGAGGCGCCGGCUGCUUCUCACCAAAGCCUUGAGAGAAACAUCCACCUGUUGCAUCUUGCAGUUUGCCCUGAAAGGGGAAUAUGUGAGUGUGAGUGAGGCAGUGUUGAAGCUCGAGUCUGUCUUUUCUCAGUUCCUUUAAAGAAAGCAAUAGUUUCUUUUUUUUUUUUUUGUCGUUUUGUUUUUUCCCCCAAGCUUUUGGCUGUCCUGGGAAUUUCAUUGUCUGGUCCUCUUCCAGAGGUGAUGCACCAUUUUGAUCUAUUGUUAAUUCAGACAACAUUUAAGCUAAAUUAUUGGCUCAUUAAUUUUCCAAAAUGCAUCUUCGGGGGGCUCUAGAUUAACAGAUUGGUUGUGUAUUAUUUUCUUAUGUCUUCUGUCACCCAUUGUGUUCAUUCAGUCCAUCCUGAGUAGGAAUCUGUGCUUUCUUCAUGUUUUUAUCUCGUUAAUUGAAGGGAAUUUGUUUGAAGUGUUGUUGGAGUUUUGUGGUAAGCGAAGAAGAAAAGAAACAAACAACUGACUUGUAUUUUUUUUUUUUAACUGUUUACAAAUUAGCCGAGAUGAAUGCUGCAGUCUCUUCCUUCUGACGUAUUUCUAUCUUGAAAAAUCAAAAGUGCAAUUAGAUCAUACAUAAAUUCAUCCAGAGGUUUCCAAUCAGACGACAUUCCUCAUGCAGACAUUCCCAUCGGAAAAGCGACACAUUUAAUAGUUUCUGGUCCUUUUUAUGAAACUUGAAUACAGCGCGAUCAUUCACUUUAAAGCGUUUUCUUUUUGCCUGAAAGCUUUAGGUAAUUUUCUCUUGCACACACAGAGCUACUGCUUUUACUAGUCCAUAUUGGCUGUAUGGCUUUUCCUUCUUGACCUUAAACCACUUUAAAGAAGUAGUUGCAGUAAAGCAUAAUAUAGCAUGAGGUUCAAGAAUGGACAAUUUGAACCCUUUUGGUAUUAAAAAACUGAAUUUUUUUGGAUGAUACUGAAGUGUAAACCAAUUCCUGAAUGGAUUUCUAUACGGAAGGCAUUUCCGUACUGCCAUGAUGGACAGAGAGGGUUUAGUGUUUCCUACCAUCCAGCACCCAACACGCGUUUGUCAAAGCGUAAGCAAUAUUCAUUCAUCAUGAGUCGACAACUUUCUGUAGUCUUGGUGUUUUCUAUGCAGUAAUCUCAGUACAACGUCCAGGAUCGUCUUCAGUGUAGUCAGCUGAAGCAGCAGCAGCGGCUCUGCUUGUUGGAUGCAGUCGUUUGAAACGUUUCUUUCGCUGAUGUCUGGGUUUAGUAUUUUUGACUGACCUACUUUAUAGGAAUUAAAAGCAGUGUUUUUGGUUUACCUCUUUGUGUUUUCUUGGUGUUGUUGUUUUUUGUGGCCAGCAGUUGUCAGCUCUCUGAAUCCCGAGUGAAACCGUUUUCAUCUUCCUUCUUUGAAGCCACGCAUUUAAAGCCAAAUCACGCGAGACGCCCCACUCGGUCCGUUUGUCCGGUGAGGUCACAGUUUAGUGGGGCUUAUUGUCUGGUGUAAAGCAGUGCCACUUAUGGUUUAAAGCCCCAAGCAAGGCCAUCCUGUGCUGACGCUUUCCUCUCUGUUUUCAUCCAUCGCUUUGAGUGGCCUGUGCCAUUUUAAAGAUUAAUCCUCCAUCACUGAUGGUCCGUUGUUGUAUAAAAUUGCACUAAAUGUCGUCCUUCAGUGUUCUCAAAUGAAAUCUGUUGGUAAACUGAAGACUUUCCAAUUGUAAAGCACACAAAAUCGUGGAGAAAUCGCAGGUUUUGUGUUUCUGUAGAUAGGUGUAUUUGUUUUUUCUUGUGUAGAUAGCUUCGAUC